AUGUGGAAUAACAUACCAUCACGCAGCCAACGAAGCAGACCGGUAUUCCAAUUAAAGAAUAAACACAACAAUGAAAUGACAUUUUUACCGCAAAACCCACAAAAGCGUGCAAACCCGAUCAUGUUCGGCUACAUUGUUGGAGCGGACGAACGUGGCAUUUGUCCCUUGUGCGAAAAUUUUAAUUUCGAUUUUCAAUUAAGCACCGUCAAUUUCCUCAAAAUAAACUUUUGCAAGCUUUUGUCACAUCAACAAGGUAGAGCAGGGUUGGGGAAGUAUGGCAUAUCCCGCUAUGGAAAUGCUAAAUCGCAAUUUGUAAUACUCCUUUACCCAGAAGAGGGUUGGGCACGUACUGCUUCCUCUAGCUACUGGACUAUUACGCCUUGUUGGUGGCAACCGAAUCGCUGUCGAAUCGAAGAGUUCACGGGCACACAACGACAAACAACCAAAGCGAAAAUGAUGCCACUCGAACAAAAGGGUUCGCUGCUCAUCGCAGGACACUUUCGCAGCAAAAAGACAGUGUGCGGCAGUGCGGUGGGCGCUAGAACUUGCCUUGAUUGUGCCGACGGUAGUGGCGCAGGUGCGGGCAGUGCCAACGAGAAGGAUAUUGACGAAUUCAAACUGUAUCUAACCUCCAAUAUCUCUAUGGAGGACUACAAUAUGGGCUACUGUUUGACAGGAUUCGUAGAGCGCCGCUGCCAGCACACCAACACCUACCAAAUGACCCACUUCGCCGUCAUCAAACGGCAAUGGCCGUCCAUUAGCAGCGCCGAUGCAAAAUCAACCAAACCGUAGAUGCUGUUAAAAAUAUAUGAAAAAACAAGACUUUAUUAGAAACCAAAGAAAAUACUGUCCAACUGUGCUAAUGCAACGCGAGAAGUUCAAGCAGAAGAAUAUAUCAAAAUUUCGUCCAUUAAAUUGGAGCGCAAACAAAAUGGCAACACUGCAACCGAAACAGCUAACAUUACCACGCCCACAACCACCAAACUUCACGCUCAAAAUCACUCUUCCGCUUCACUACCUCACUAGCUACUCACCUUCACUGCGACCUUAUUUGCAUCACCCACAUCAACCGUUCACAUUCAUUCGACACCUAAAAGCACACAGCGUUGCAUUGUGCCAGGCCAAGCCGCUCCAAUUAAAUACCUAAAUAAAUAAGCGUAAAAUUAAAACUUUAAUCAAAAUAAAAAUACA